ACACAAGUCUUUCGUUUGCCUCUUUGACGUUCUUCGUUCCAUUCUUUUCAAUCGUCCCUGGAGAAACGAUCUUGGCCGGUCCUUUAGAGUUGUUUCUAUUCUCUACUUUUCCCACACUCUUUUUCCUGACGAAGAACACCGAGAGCCCAUUCCGAAUUCAACAACAUCAGGAUGAAGCAACAGAUUCUCUAUGCGCUUCCCAUGCUCGGGGCCGUGACUGCCAUGCCGGCAGCUCACAUGGCGAAGCGAUCAGUUCCUAGGGAGCACGCACACGAAGACAUCCUUCGCAAGGUAGAUGCCUUGCUGGCUCUCAAUAACCCAGACAACAUCCAGGCCGCCGUCUUCGGCCUGCUUGGAGCCGCGGCCGCAUCCCAGGGAGCCGGCAACAUUGCUGAUCCGGAUUGCCUCCAGCAAGCCACGGCGGACCAGGCCUUCACCAAUGCCAAGGAGGCUGGAGACAUUGAUGGCAUGACGGACGCUCUCAUCUUCAGGGCACUGGAGCGCAAUACGGGGAGCGUCGGCUUGGAGUCUGUGCCCUGCGAGUCGAUUCAGGCGGUCAAUCCUGAGAUUGCGGCUCUUCAGCAGCAUCAGGACGCUGCUGCCGAGCAGCAAGAGCUCAACAAGCAGAUUGCUGCUGAGCUUGCUCGCCAAAUCGCUUCCAUCGGCGGGGACCCACUCCGUGCCAACGAAGCCAGCACUUUUGCUCCUGGCGAGAUUGGCGACCCAACGGCCAACGGCGGCGGCUGCAACGACGAGAAUGACCCGAACGGAUGCAUAAACACGCUCGGGCUACGGGUUGACGACCUGAGCGAGGAGGAGAUUCUUGCAGCGGUCCAAGAUGUUGCUGGCGGUGUUGCAGCUGGGAACAACAAUAACAACAACACUGCGAACGCGUGUGAGAAGAAGAAGGCUGGCAAGGGCAAGGGCAAGGGCAAGGGAAAGGCGAAGGGGAAGGGGAAGGGGAAAGGAAAGGGGAAGGCGGAAGCCAAGGGCAAGGAUGCCAACAAGAAGAAGGGUGCCAACAACCAGGCCGGAGAGGGAGUCGACAACGCCGGUGUGGACUCGAACAAUAAUGUGGGUGGAUGCAAUGCGGCCAUUGUGUUCGGUGCGCCGUCGGAUGGUCGUCAACAGGAUGCAUUUGAGCCGGCCGACCUGAGCCUCUUCAACCACGGAUCGGCUCUCAACAUUGCGGUCAUUUCAAACUUCAUCUGCUCCCAGAUCUCCAAUAGGUGCAGCGUGGGUGCAGACGUUGUCUCCAGCUGCGAGGCAGCCGCAGCAGCAGCCAAUGGUCUGGUGGGCCAGGCGGCUGCUGAUGCUUUCAACUCGGCUCUUGGACUGUAAAAAAAGACAGACGAAUGACAUGAGGGAAUGAUGGUUCCAGGUUGACGGAAUGAAGCGGAAGAGGUAUGAUGGAUGAUGAUGAUGAGGAACACGUGGAUACCUACUCCGU